AUGAAGAAUAUUAAUAAAAACCGUGAGAGAAUGAAGACUCUAGGAGUGAAGAAUAUAACAACUUGUUUGAAGGCUACGGUUCAACAUAAGAAAUUGAGGAAGGAAAAACAAAUACCAAUUGAGGAAAAUGAUGAUGAUUAUCGACCGUCAGAGGCUGAAGAUGGCAGUGACACUGAAACCUAUGAUUCGUUUGAGCAUGAGAUGUUAGAGAUACCAUCGAGAGCCCGUUCACAAUCUCAUCAUGAGGCAUUGACCCACGCAUUAGAAGAGGGGGAUACCUCUUCACGUCCUGAGGUGACUAGCAAUCCGCCACCACCUCUCAAUGUGGAGCCUCAACUUGAGGUGACUGCUGGUAAUACUAUUGCUGCUAAGCGUGCUCGUGGCCCGACUCGAGGCAAAGAGGUUCAAGGCCUUGUUGAUAAAGAUGGAAAGCUUAGCGUGCCUAUCCCUCCAGAAUUUCGUGCACCGGUAGGGGACUAUGCCUCAAAACUAGCCUCAAAGAUUGGUGUAGAAGUGCGAACUCGUUUACCAAAUCCAAGUGUUCGUAGGUGGAAGUAUGUUGAUGCCUCCGUUAAGGAGGCGAUGUUUCAACGCUUGAAUGAUCAAUUUGAUUUACAAGGAGACCCUGUUGAUAUAGAGAAGGCAAUGAACACAAAAUUUGGUCGGAGAUUGAGUAACCAUACCUAUAGGCUGCACAAACAAUUCAUGGAGCUGAAGGAGGCUAAAGGGGAGGAGUAUGCAAGAAACCACCCACCAAAGAAUGUCGAUCCUACCAAGUGGAUAGAUCUUAUUGAUAAAAAGUGGAACACUAAAGAAUUUCUGGUAACAUUUUCAUCUUUUUUAUUAUAUCAACGAAGAAAGAAUUUGAUUAGAACAGGGAGAGAUUCUAAAACAACUAGAAAGAACACAAUCAAUUUGCUGUGA